CUCUUUAGGACCAAGAGGAACGCGAGCGCACUUAUACAUAUUAGGACAGUACACACGUUCAGGACACACAGACAGCCCCAAUAGCUUGGAUGAAGCAUGUUUGAAAUGCAGAAGAGUGCGUGAUACGUAAAUAAAUAAAUACAUAAAUAAAUUAAAUAAACAACUGAGAGUGUCACCAUGCAGCGUCCUCUACACGGCUUCCACACGAAAGGCGAGUCCACACCAGCUGGCUGAUUUUCCUUCUCAUUUCACAAAUAUUACUCUUUGGAUAGAGGUUUUUAUUUAACCUUCUCUACUGUUGUGCAUGCAUAUCACGACGGACUGAAGGCACACAAGUCCGCGUGUGUUUUGGACGUCGAAUGGCACGCACUUGGCACGGGAGGUAAGCGCUUGCUUUACCAGUCAGAUCACGAACUUGUACCGCAAAUGAAUGAUUGCACCAAGAUGCCGCCGAGAGACAACAGAAGCCAGGUUGCUGUUAGUUACGCGCUUCGAAAGGAGAGAACAGGGCAAUGCUUCCACCUCAUGGAAGUACUGAUGAGGCAAUCUAGUGCCUGGACAGGGACCAUCCACAACAACAGUGCUCACUAGGUCAGAAUGGAAACAGGGCUCAGAACUGCCCCCAGAGCAGAAGAGGAGAAAGAUCCUCCUGCUCAGAGAAACUUAUCAACAGCAGGUGGUGGUGACUUGGGGCCUGAGUGCUGCAAAUGCAAUGGUCUGAUCAACACCCGAAGUGUAAUGGUGGAGACCAAGGAAGGGCGAGUGUCAGUGUACUCUGCCCCACAGUAUCAGGGCCAUGUGGUGGUCAAUUAUUCCUCCGAGCAUCCAGGUCAGGACAGAACUGGGACACGGAUUAGUGGGCACCAUCCACAGCUGCUCAACCCCAGUGCCUUGCCCCAGGCUCUGGACCCUUUUUAUAAGCCCAACCUCAUCCUGUACCCUGAAGGAGUACUGAGAGCGUGGGGAGAGGGAAGCGACUGCUGUGAGACCACGUUCAUUGAGGACAUAGCUCCUGCUAACUCCACCGCUACGGUUACUAAAGAUGGGCUCAUGCUCACUGACAACAAAUUCCUGGAUUUAUCUAUGGAGGAUACCAAGAUUCAUACACUCUCUUAUGAUGUGGAUGAUGACGAUGAGUUUCAAGAGUUGGAGAGUGAGUACUCAAGUGACUCAGAGAGUGAAGACAACUUCCUGAUGAUGCCCCCGCGAGACCACCUGGGCCUCAGUGUCUUUUCAAUGUUGUGCUGCUUCUGGCCCCUUGGCAUCGCUGCCUUCUACCUGUCUCAUGAGACUAACAAAGCAGUAAAUAAAGGGGAUUUUCACCGUGCCAGCUCCAGCUCCAGACGUGCUCUGUUCCUAGCUGUGCUGUCCAUCACCAUCGGUACAGGCAUCUACGUUGGCGUGGCAGUGGCUCUUAUUGCAUACCUUUCCAAGAACAACCACUUGUAGCCUUGCCUCGCUGCCCAUCUUACCACUGACAGUUCAUGUGGAUUUACUGUAAGGCCACUUACAGUACUGCACUGAGUAAUGAU